UUGAUUUUCAAGGAGAAAGCCUCUGGUAAACUUUCGCUCAGCCGCCAGUAGAUCUGUUGGUUCCUGGGAGGAGCUCUUCUGAAACCUUGAAGAUUCCUGUGCUCAUGAAGACCCAGAGCGGUGGAUUACAGUAAUUGCAAAGCUUUUGGUGGCUUUGGAAGAUUACUCAGUGUUUGGUGUGCAUUCUCAUUUCCAGGCCACGGGACCGAGGAGAGGAACCCCUUUUGUUAUCUUUUGAAAUAAGAAGAUCAGAAGGGAAGAGGUGGUUUGAAGUGUGGAUUAGGGGUUCCUAAAUCUUUGCCUAUCACCUCCGCCUGGAUCAUUAUAAAAAGAUCGAGGAGUGCAAUGAACUUAGGGAAUCCUGCAACGUUUUCUUGAAGCUUGUUCUGAAACCUAGCUUCCGGACCCAGAAACUUCUCCAAAAGCUGACCAGCAGUAUCAGGCAGUCUGAAUGGACCAGGAUAUCCGCUUUGAAAAUUUUCAGUCUCAUCUUCUGCUGGGAGAUUCAUCUCUGGGGUGAUUGGUUUUCUUUUUGGCAAAUGAUGGAGAAACGUCCACAGGCCGGACUGCUGACCCUGCCGCAUCACCUGCGCCAGGUGCCUCUGGGCGUGCCAAGGUCCCUGCCCCGCCUCCCCAUGAGGGACUCCUUCAGAGUCUCCGUGAGUUGGGAGCGGGCGCUCGGCGGCGGCGGCGCCCCGAGGCGGCCCUACCUACCCCUACGGCUGGACGGCGCCUUCAAGCCCGCCUUCCUCCGCAAGCGCAACGAGCGCGAGCGGCAGCGGGUGCGCUGCGUGAACGAGGGGUACGCGCGCCUCCGAGACCACCUGCCCCGAGAGGUGGCGGACAAGCGCCUCAGCAAAGUGGAGACUCUCCGCGCUGCCAUCGGCUACAUCAAGCAGCUCCAGGAGGUGCUGGAGCGCCACGCACGGGAACAGGAGGGUGCGGCCGGUGCCGGCUCCUCGCGGAGGGCCGAAUGCAACAGCGACGGCGAGUCCAAGGCCUCAUCGGCGCCUUCGCCCAGCAGCGAGCCCGAGGACGGGGCCAGCUAGCGAGCGCUACCCCCUCCCCCCCGGCCCAGCCCCCUCCCACGGCUCUGCGUGCGUUUGGCGUCUGCUCUAAGGUUCCCUCCGGAGGUACUUUGCAUUUGCUAUCUACUCCCCCCCCACCCCCACCCUGCUCUCCAGAAAUAAAUCUUAGUAAAUAGAAAUGAGUGCUCUAGGGAGAACAAAGAUUUUUAUAUUCUAUUUGUUUCCAUCCACACUCCACCAUCACCACCCCUUAUUUGUUAUGUGCCUGCAACUUAAAGAUGCUAAUGAAACUCUGCCUAUAUCAAAUAAAAGCUGUACCAGACUCAAGGGCUUCCCUGAUGGAUCAGCGGGUAAAGAAUCCGCCUGCAAUGCCGGAGAUGCCAGUUUGAUCCCUGGGUCCGGAAGAUCCCCUGGAGGAGGAAAAUGGCAACCCACUCCAGUAUUCUUGCCUGAAAAAUCCCAUGGACAGGGGAGACUGAGCAACUAUGCACGUACCAGACUCUGAACUGCUCAAAACGGUAAUUUGCCACAGUCAGCAGGGGUGGGUAAAUUAGCGAUGUAAAUACUGAAACAAAUUCAACCAAUAACCGAAGAAGAACUUUCCGAACUAGCUAACUAAAUGACAGCCCUAAGAUGAGAGAAACGGUUUUCCUGCCUUUGGGAAUUGAUGAGAAAUGCAAUGACACCAUGCUUUGGAUGAAGGUGAUCCUAAGCUGACACUUGAAAACACAUUUGCCAGAGCCUGCAAGACCAGCCUGUGCUGUUGACUGAGCGUGUUGAACGUUGGUACUAGAAAAUACAUUACAUAUUUGAAACAUCCUGUUUUAUCAAAAAGUAGCCAUGUGAAACUUCAUAGUAUUUAGUGAAUAAUAACAUGUUAGUAUCAAUGAUCUUUUUGGAAGAGAACUCAGAUUUGUAUGAAAACUUAUUUCUCCUCUUAGUUGUCCAUUUUCAUCUCCCCUUGUUCUCACUCCACCUAACCUUCAGUUAAAGUAACACUGUGACUGUAAAAUAGGAAAAGGAAAAGGACCUGCUCCUUUCAACCAGGUUGAAGGGGAGGGAGGGAUGGAGGCUGGUGCAUUCUCAAACUUCUAUCACUUUGAGGGCUUUCAACUAUAUUGAAAUUGAAAGACUUUGUCAGUCUUUUAAAAAUACUUAAUUCUGGUCUUUUUUUUUUUUUUUUCCUGAGAAACAAUUAUAAAUUCAGUAGGUAAGUCAAAUGCUUGUUGACAUGUGAAGAUAAGCUUCCUCUCCAGUUUUCUAAUGUGCUGCAUUCCCCUUUCCACAGAGACAGCUUUGCUAAUAAGGGGGUGAGGGGGUGGAGGAACCAGGAAAAGGAUGAAAGAGGAAACUAACAAGGGUGAGCCUUUUCCAGGUAUUCACUGAAGUUCCACACUGAGGUAGGUUUUAUUACCCCCUUUCUUCAGAUAUAUGAAUGAAGGGAUGCUAACAAGCAAUGAACAUCUUUUCAGAAAUUUUGCUGCUUUUCACAUUUUGUCCAAUUUAUUCUCGUAAAUCUGUGAGGUGGGUAUUAUACGUAUUUGGAGUUAAGAAAAGGAAAAAAAAAAAGA